AAUCCACUUGUUCCUAUCUACAGGUUGACCGGAUCAUAAGCAAUAACUCAAAAGGCAGACGGGCAAUGUGACUUUUUGUACCCUCUUUCGUCCAAAUUGAAUCCACUCAAUAUCGGGGCCAAAAUGCCAGUUACUACCAUACUUGGCGGGAAAAAACGAUACUCUAUAAGAAGGGGUAUACGCAGCGUCGAAGAACUAGAAACCAGACCCAUCAAGCUCAAAAACCCCCGUACUUACUUGUAUCUCUCCAAAAAAACAUCUUCACCAUCGACCCGCUCAACUAUCCUUACCACCAUGAAGCUCUCCGCCCUCCUUUUCCUGCUAGCCGGCACAUCUUCUGCCUGGAUCGUCAAAAACUGCCGAAGUAACCUCCAGCACAACUGGUCAGCCGGGCACUGCUAUAACUACGAUGUCGGAACGAGCCUCAUGUACCAGAGCAACAAUGGAUGCCAGAUUACGUUUUACGAAAGGGAGGAUUAUACUGGUGUGGGAUUGGGGUCUAAGAGCCAGGAUAAGUGUCUUGCGUUGCCGGGGAACUUGAGGAUUAGGGGUGUUAGGUGUGAUGAGUAGUUGGAUAAGGGGGAAGUUGUAUCAUGAAUUUUUUUGAGGAAGAUUGUCAGGGAAAGUACCAUAGUAGUGGCGAUCGAAUCUGCGGGAUUUGAAAGCUGUACCAAUGUAAUCUUCUCAUCGAAUUGUGAUUAGAAGGAAAUAGAACUGAGACGCGGAAGAUGAAAGAAUCGCCGUCAGCUCUUCUGAGCAAGAGUGUCUACAUGACCUCAGCAAACUGACGUUGUUCCAAACGACCUCAGGGCCCCAAGGACCAACUUGAGCGUGACUUGAAUCAUUCUAUUCACUCAUCUCCCAAUGGGCCCAACACAAUCUUGAGAGGGUCUGCUCGCAUUCGCACCAGGAACCU